AAGUACGAGUAAAAAACUAUCUGUUGCUGCCAUCUCUAAUUUUGUAUCGAGUUCGGCUUACUACGGGCACGAGAGAACAAACACGAAGAUAUUACUAUUACCGUACUCUGCUGUAUCGUGCAAGAGGUCUCGAAGAGUCUCGAAGAGUUUCCACUUGCUCCCUUGUAUUAGAAUAGUGUAGUAAACUCCAACACAAUGACGACCCCUAAACCCGUCCAAGGAAACAGUGAUUUCACUACGUUCAACAUCCGCCAUGGAUUCGCGGAGGCAUUAGUCAGAGGAAUGAGAUCGUCCUUUCUAGGUGACCAGGACUACAACCAUUUGAUCCAGUGCGAAACGUUGGAGGAUGUCCGUUUGAACUUGACAGAGACUGAUUAUGCCGAUGCCAUUGCCGAUUUCAACUCGCUAACGCCAGCCAUGCUACAAAAGGCUGCCGUAGAAAAGGUAGGUUUUAGCGAGAUCAGCUAGAAAGAACAAAUUUUCAUUCGACGGUGGUGGCAAAAGGACUGCCUCUCUGUAUGAAACGACGAUCUCGUUUGAGCCUAAGGCUUCGGGCUAGGGGCUUUCCCUUCCUGUAAGGAAAGGAAUGACACGGGAGCCCAUAGACUACUGAAGAAUACUAUCUAACGACGUCACUUUCGGUUGAUUCCCUUUUCUGGCCAAACGAUACGAUGCAAUAGCUUGUUGCCGAAUUCAAAUAUUUGAGAACACAAACGGUAGAACCGCUUUCUACGUUCCUUGACUUCAUCACAUAUGAAUAUAUGAUUGAAAACAUUAUGCUUUUGCUUAAAGGGGCUUUGAGCGGACGCGAUAUCAACGAACUUUUGGAACAGUGCCAUCCGCUGGGCAUGUUCAAGGA